AAAGCCCUACAAUGCCGCCGCCUCCAAUCCUAUUAACGGAUAACUGAGCUAUGAGAGUCAACCGGGCGAGAAGAAACGGAGCGACCCGCCUUCCUCUUCGCGCUUCUCCUCUUUCUUUAGUCCACCGCGUCAAAGCCACCGUCAAAGCCGUUUCCUGCUGGUACUGCGAUCUAAAAAUCUACGCCCUCAACGAACCUCUCUUCCGGUUCGGCCGAAAGCACGCCUCGAUUUUCAAACUCUGGUUCUCCAUCGGGACUGGUUUCGGCCUAACGGCACUCGUUGGAGUCACUUCGAUUAUUAUCUGGCAACUAUUCAUUAGCUCCGACCCCCGGCUUAGCAACCUUUUCGGUUCCCUCUUGUUCGGGUUUUCUCCUUCUUUAAGAAUCUCAUUGUCCGAUGCCGGAUAUUUAUUCAUCUCCACUUUGGUCUCCGUUUUCGUCCAUGAAUUUGGCCACGCUAUCGCCCUUGCAAGUGAGGGAAUACAGUUGGAGUACAUUGCAGUUUUUCUUGCGGUUCUAUUUCCCGGUGCACUAGUUGCUUUUGAUUACGAUUUGCUGUUGGCGUUGCCUCGAUUAACUGCCCUUCGCGUAUAUUGUGCUGGGAUUUGGCAUAAUGCAGUGUUCUGUGCACUUUGUGGAUUGUUGUUGUUCCUGCAGCCAGUGAUCCUGUUUCCAUUUUACAUACAUGCCGAGAGCCCUUUGGUUUUGGACGUAGCAUCUCCGUUAUCUGAAUUUUUGUCUCCUGGGGAUGCCAUAGUGUCAUUGGAUGGUGCAGGCAUCCAUGGUGUACAAGAUUGGAUGGAUAUGACUGCUCUACUAGACAAAAAGAUACUUAAGAAUUCAAGUGAUUUCCAUCAUUUUAGAGGCUUUGGUGCCGUAGAUAGAAGAAAAGGAUACUGUGUGCCUAAUGCCUUGUUGGAAGACAGCAAGAAUGUUCAAUUGGCCAAAAACCAAACUGUCUGUCCUUAUGAUUUCACAGAAUUUGUGAAAAUUCACUGUUUUGAUCCAAGUAAUUCAGUCAAUGUUGUUGAUGAAGAUGGUGAUCUUGGAAGAAGAGAAAAUGUGCUAUGUUUGAAUGCAAAGGAUAUUGUCAAUCUCGAAAAAUGUGAUGGAAGGGGAAAAGUAAUGAAAAAUGGAAGCAGAUGCAUGUGUUCUGAGGAUGAGUCUUGCUUAAGUCCAGUUCAGUUUCCAGGUUUGAUGUGGGUCGAGAUUACAUAUUCAAGGCCCCAUUCAACAGAAUGCUUACAAUUUAAAAGUUCCCUUUUAGAUUCCAACACUUCUUCUGAUGCUGUAGAACAAACCUGUGGUGGAACUUUUGUUUUUGUUGGUGAUGUGAUAUCAAUGGCCCAUUCAGUUCAGUUGACCGAAUAUCAACCUCGGUGGGGAUUUUUUAUCGGAAAAUAUAUUCCAAAUAAGCUAGAAAAGAGCUUAAUAUGCACACUCCAUGUUUCUUUAGCAUUACUUCUUCUCAACAGCUUGCCAGUAUAUUUUCUAGACGGUGAAUCGAUUUUGGAAGUUGCUUUGUCUCACUUCACAUCAUUGAGCUCAAGAAAGAGAAGAAAAGUUCAUCAAAUAUGUGUUGUGGGAGGGACUUUCAUUUCAGUUCUGGCGUUCUCGAGGAUCUUGUUUAUCAAUGUCUUCUAAUAUUAUUAUGUUAUACGAACUUAGAACUUAUAUCAGUCGCGGCUCAUUCAAGUUUGAAUCUCAAUAUU